UUCAGUCGCCAAGGAGCGCACGAGAAGUUCUGUUGUUCGUUUGAUUCAAAGCGAAGGGAGGAACUUGGAGAAUCAGCCCAGACUUCAGAUAAUAUUUCUUUUAUGAUUAUUUUAUGAAAAAUAUUAGCUUUCGGCAAAAUACAAGUCUUACGGAGUCAUUAAGAACUUUUGGACUAGACUUCUCAGCAGUCUUCUGAAAAUCCUGUUAUGGUUUUGAAACGCGCAAUGUUUGACGGGGAAUGCACAACUAUGCUUUGAGCUGGAGCGACGGUUCGGGCAAUGAACGUUUUGUCAUAGAGAGCUUGGUGGAAAAUAUUCUACGUCUCUGAAACUCUCAUAUAAAUGACAAUGGGUUUUCGGUUUAUUCUCACGCUCUUCUUUGCCAGCGUGUUUCUGUGUAGGACUAAUUCGCAAACAGUACCUGACACAGUGCUGAACUGUUGCGAGGGAGACGUGUUGAUCUUGCUGGACGCGUCCGGCAGCAUUGCGUCCUAUGAGUUCUCCCACAUGGUCAGUUUUCUGGCCGAGCUGCUGCAGCCCUUCACCCUGGGCCCCGAGGAGGUGCGCUUCAGCCUGCUGCUGGUCGGCACCGAGCCGCGCGUGGAGUUCGGCUUCGAGGCCCACCGCACCCAGCAGGCCCUGCAGGAGGCCCUGCGCCAGGUCAAGCAGCUGCGCGGAGACACCAACACCGUCAAGGCCCUGGAGAUAGCCGGCGAGCGGCUCCUGCCUCAAGGGAUCCCGGGCGGAACUAGGCCCAACUUGCCACGGGUCCUGUUGUGGCUCACGGACGGCGUGGACCCGGGACAGGUCAGCAAGCCCAUGAAGGAGCUGCGCGACGAAGGCGUGGACGUGCUCGUGGUCUCGACGGGGCACGGGAACUACCAGGUGCUACGCCAAGUUGUGUCCCCACCAGUGGACGAGCACCUGUACUUUGUGGACAUCGACGACAUUAACAUCAUCCUGGAGGACGUGAGGAACGCCAUCAUCGAGAUAAUUAGGGCCGAGCGGCUGCAGGUGCGAGAUGUGUCCACCCGCAGUGCUACGCUGCACUGGCGGCCCGUGUUGGCAGGCACCGGCUACUAUGACAUCAGGUUUGGCCCCGAGCCCUCUGGAGCCGAGACCGGCCCCGCCGGGGGCCCCGGCACAAGUCCCGGAACCGGCGCCGGACACCACCAGCGCAUCAGCCGGCCCGGCGAUGCCAAGACUGCCCAGCUCACGGGCCUCAGGCCGGACACCAAGUACAAGGUGACCCUCAGGCCGGAGUCGAACCUGGGCAUCCUGAAGACCAUGACCACCUACUUCACGACGCAGUCAGAGGUGCUGAGUCCAGCUACAGUGACCGUGUCGGAGUCGACGGCCAACAGCGUGCGGGUGAGCUGGGGCCCCGUGCAGCCGGACUCGGUGCAGAGCGUCCAGGUGGAGUACUCGGCCCUGCCCGCCGGCAAGCUGCAGAUCGCCAAGGUCAACAAGCAGCAGAACUACACCGUGCUCCGCAACCUGCAGCCGGACACGCAGUACCUGGUGACCGUGAGCGCCAAGCACGCGGCGGGCGGCGAGAGGGCCAUGUCCGUCAAAGUCUGCACCCAGGAAGUGUUGCCAGCCCUUGCGGAUUUGCAGCUCACCACAGUAGGAAGCGACUCCGUCCAGGUCCAGUGGAAGGGGGCGGAGGAGGGGCUGCGGGGUUACUGGGUGACGUGGGAGGGCGAUCGAAGCCGCCGGGUGAGUCAGGCCGCCGCCGACCGCUCCACGCUGUACCUCCCGCCCAGCUCCCUGUCCACCACGCUCAGCAACGUGCCGCCGAGCACCCGCGUCUGCGUAUCGCCCGUCUACCGUACGGCCAGAGGGGAGGGUCUGUGCUGCACAGCCCACUUCAAAGAUGCAUUGACUUGGGGCUACAAAUCAUAGCCCAUGAGCCCUGUUGCAGAAGCCAGCCAAUGAGCAUCUUGACAUGGGAUGGGAGGAUAGGCUGGAGACGGGAGAGCAGACCUCUGAAAUCACUGGAGUACUUAUCGCCAGCAGACGAGAGGCCUCUCCGUCUCUCACACAGCCACACACAUGCCUACAUGCACGCCUGCGUACACACACACACACGCACACACACACACACACACACACACACACACACACACACACACACACACAGACACACGCACACACAUGCACACACCCACGCACGCACACUUUCACACACGUUUACAAUCUGCACUCUGUUGCCUUUGACUGAAAACAGACCCUCAAACCUCGGAACUACCACUGGCAUUUACUUUGCGUCACUUCAAACACACACUAAUCGCACUACUGAGAGGUUCCGACUUCAGUAGCUAUAGGUGCUCUUAAGAGUUCCUUUUUCCGCAGGGAAGGGGAAUGUACAGAAAAUGAAGUCUUACGGAACAAAUUGUUCAGAGCCUUUUGGAUAAUAAUGCCACCGUUACCCAGAAUAUUUUAACCCACUUUGUAAAGGGAACAAUGAGCAAAACUAUGGGCAUCAUGUUUUAGAAAAUCAUGUUAACUCGGCAGAAAAGUAGCACAUACUGUAUGAAGGGAUUAAAAAAAAAAAAGACUAGGGCCGCACAUUUUGACGCCACUGUGGCUUUUCUGCUCACCUAAACCUCAGCACUUAGUGAAAUGUCAGGGAUGGACAGUGGUUGCCCUCUCUUGAAAAACAGCUCGCAGAUGUUCCUAGCCUAAAGAUGUUACAGAUGUUGUUGUGUAGUAGAGGAAGGCCUUGCUACGUCACCGUCCAGGCAGCCAGGAGCUAAGAGCUAAAUCACAGGUUACUCAUUCAGUUUCGUAAAAAGCCACAGAAUCGUCUCCUUGUGAUUAUAUAAGUAUGGGAUACAAAGUUUUCAGCCGAACUGCAGGAAAUCGCUUUCUCCUGUGUUUACACAUCUCUACUGCCUCCCUGUGGAUUUGGCCAUGAUGUACUUGUACUGCGCCUUUGUAGAGGUUAAUAACUCUAGAUACACAUACUGUACUACUGCUACACUAAUCUGCUAAAAAUAUAAAGAAAAUAUAAUAUCAAACUAUUGAGUUUCUGAAUGUAUAUGAGAAUUAGCUCCUGCAAAAUUCCAAAUUGUUUUAAGGAAACAGCCUUGAGUAGUGGCUAGAUAUCUGUAUUGGGACAUGUCUGACUAAUAUGUGAAUGGUCAAUUCAAAAGGGAAAACAUACAAACAGUUGUGAAGUUGCUUGGCUUUUCCUGAUGUGUUAAUUGUACAGUAGGACUGGCAUUGAUUUGGCACGCUCUUGUUUGUU